UUUCAUCAGUCGAUCUCACAGAACGGUGGAACAAGAGUAUUAAGGGUAGAUGGCGCAGGCUUUGGUCGAUCAGCAUCCGGCGAACGGGGUGGUCAACGGCGCCGGCGGGAACCCGCCUCCUUUGGCGUCGCUCUUCGUGGGGGACUUGCAGCCAAAUGUGACGGAGACGCAAUUAUUUGAACUUUUCAGACAGAUCGGACCUGUCGUGUCGGUGCGCCUCUGCCUGGACUCGAGGACGAACCGCUCUCUCGGCCAUGCCUAUGUUAACUACAGCAACCCCACGGACGCUGCAAUGGCUUUGGAUGUGCUGAACUUCACUCCUAUUCAUAAUAGGCCCAUUCGUAUUAUGUAUUCGAUACAUGAUCCUAGCAUUAGUAUAAAUGGGGCUGCAAAUAUUUUUAUCAAGAAUCUAGAUAAAACAAUAGGAAACAAAGAACUACAUGAGAUCUUCUGUUCUUUUGGUAAUAUCUUGUCCUGCAAGGUAGCUAUAGAUGCAUUUGGCCAGUCAAAAGGCUAUGGUUUUGUUCAAUUUGAACAAGAAGAGGCUGCACAAAAUGCCAUUAACAGGCUAAAUGGCAUGCUUGUGAAUGAUAAACUGGUUUAUGUUGGACCCUUCAUACACAAGCAAGAAAGGGAAAGCUCUGCAGACGACCAAAUUUUGUAAUGUCUUUGUCGAAAACCUUUCAGAAUCCACUACAAAGGAGGACCUGGAAUUUAUCUUUGGAAAAUAUGGGGAAAUCACUAGUGCAGUUGUGAUGACUUCGGAGGAUGGAAAAUCUAAGUGCUUUGGAUUUGUCAAUUUUGAGAUGCCAGAUGCUGCUGCCCAAGCAGUUCACGAACUAAAUGGGCAGAAAUUUGAUGAUAAGGAGUGGUAUGUUGGAAAGGCACUGAAAAAAUCUGAAAGGGAAUUAGAUUUAAGGGGAAAUUUUCACCUACAUGCCAGGGAGGCAUUCAAUAAGCAUCAAGGGAUUAACUUAUAUUUGAAGAACUUUGAAGACAAUAUUGAAGAUGAUAUGCUGAGAGAAUUAUUUUCUGGGUUUGGGACAAUAACUUCUUGUAAGAUUAUGCGGGAGCCAAAUGGUGCAAGUAAAGGCUUUGGAUUUGUUUCUUUCUCAGCUCCUGAAGAAGCAGCUCGAGCUCUGGCAGAGAUGAAUGGAAAAUUAAUUGGUGGGAAGCCACUUGUCGUAGCACUUGCACAAGACAAAGCAGAAAGAAAAGCUAAGUUGCAGCCAGAUUUUGGGUUGCAGCAACAACUUAUUCCUGGAAUGGGGGCUGGUGGUGCUCUGAUGCCAAAUUUGUUUGCUCCCAUAGUUCGACAAGGUCAGCAGCGGCAUCGGCCAAGUGGUAGACGUGCUAGAGGAGCUGUGCAACAAAUGCAGCAGGCUUUAAUUCAGCAACAGCAGAUGCUUCCAUGGGAUCAUGUUCAGCGCUAUGCUCCUGGUCACAAUAUUCCUGAUAUUCCAAUGCCUGGCGUUGUUGGAGGUAUGAUCUCUCCAUGUGGCAUGGGAGGUUUGGGAAUGCAAGGUGUAGCCAGAUCACAACCUGUUCCCGUUAGGGCAUUGACUUCAGCCCUUGCCAAUGCAACUCCAAGGCAGCAAAGAAUGUUGCUCGGUGAGCAUCUCUACCCACUCGUGGAGCAAUACGUGUAUGAUCAUGCUGCCAAAGUUACAGGAAUGCUGCUGGAGAUGGACCCAACUGAAGUCCUGCAUUUGCUUGAAUAUCCAGAUGCUCUGGAAGCAAAAGUCGCCGAGGCAAUGGAAGUCCUGAGAAACGUCACGUAGCAGCUAGCUCUGGUAAUUGCUCCGACCGAUCAGUUAUCGACCGGGACAUGUUUUGGUCGCUUGAAUGCAUAGCUUUUAAUUUAAUUCCAAACAAUUUUAGGAACAAUCAGGGAGGGAUUUUGGCUUCUGAUUUAGCUAAGUCAAUGUUAAUAUCCUCUUUGUUGUAGUGGUGGUAUGAGCUUGCAAAGAAUAUCCUUUUGGCAAUUUACUAA